CCGGCGGGGACGCGGGGGCACCGCCCGGACGGCGGCGGGCUGCAGUCACAGGUGGGCGGCGGCGAGGGCGCGGCUGAGCAGAGCCGGGGUCCCCGAGACUCCAGCCACCACGCCGGGAGCUUCGCAGAGCAGAGAUCGGACACGUCUGCGCCUCCGAGGAGCCGACCUGUCUCCCCUCCGCCUUGGCUUCUUUGGCUGCAGCCGCACCUCGGCCCUGGAGCGCAGGCGUUGGCGGCUGAUCAGAGAGGUGUGGAUGUGUUUACAAGAUGUGAAUUGUGUGCUUUCCACCUUCACCUUUUGAGGGCUUCGUACGCCUCAUGGUGACAGGUGGGAAUCAUGACACAGAAGGGCAGUAUGAAGCCAGUGAAGAAAAACAAAGCGGAAGAACCUGAAUUGGAGCCCCUGUGCUGCUGCGAGUACAUAGAUCGCAAUGGAGAAAAGAACCACGUGGCUGCUUGUUUGUGUGAUUGCCAAGACCUGGAUGAAGGGUGUGAUAGAUGGAUUACGUGUAAAUCCGUGCAGCCAGAGACUUGUGAAAGAAUCAUGGAUACAAUCUCCGAUCGCCUCCGAAUUCCCUGGCUUAGGGGAGCCAAAAAAGUUAACAUUAGCAUCAUCCCCCCGCUCAUCCUCCUGCCCGUCUUCCUUCGUGUGGCUUCCUGGCAUUUCCUCCUGGGGGUGGUGGUGUUGACUUCCCUUCCUGUGCUGGCUCUGUGGUACUACUACCUCACUCACAGAAGGAAAGAGCAGACCCUGUUCUUCCUGAGCCUCGGGCUGUUCUCCCUGGGCUACAUGUACUAUGUGUUCCUGCAGGAAGUGGUCCCCAGAGGGCGUGUGGGGCCCACUCAGCUGGCGCUUCUUACCUGCGGGUUAUUUCUGAUCCUCUUAGCCUUGUACAGAGCCAAGAAGAAUCCAGGCUACCUCAGAAAUCCAGCGAGCAGUGACAGCAGCCAAAUUGAGUGCCUGGACAGAAAAGGGCAGGAGAAGACCAAAGGGUUCCCUGGCACAGACACAUCAGGCAGUCUCAACAACCGCACGCUGAAGGAUGACCUGAAGGGCCCUUCCAGGAUGUUGGCUGGAAGCCCCACCAAGGUGAAAGAGGACUGGUGUGCCAAGUGCCAGCUGGUGCGACCAGCCCGGGCAUGGCAUUGCCGGAUAUGUGGCACGUGUGUGAGGAGAAUGGAUCACCACUGCGUCUGGAUAAAUAGCUGUGUCGGAGAAUCAAAUCAUCAAGCAUUCAUACUUGCCCUUUUGAUCUUCUUGCUCACCUCGGUGUAUGGGAUCACGCUGACCUUGGACACCAUUUGUAGAGAAAGAAGUGUCUUCACAGCUCUCUUCUAUUGUCCUGGAGUGUAUGCAAAUUACAGCUCCGCCCUGUCCUUCACCUGCGUGUGGUACUCUGUGAUCAUCACAGCCGGCAUGGCCUACAUCUUCCUGAUCCAGCUGAUAAACAUCAGUUAUAAUGUGACUGAGAGGGAAGUCCAGCAGGCCCUUCGACAGAAGACGGGGCGCCGGCUCCUCUGCGGGCUCAUUGUGGACCCAGGCCAGUACAAUCGGGGCUUCCUGCGGAACUGGCACCAGUUCUCCACCCUGGGCGCUCACCCCUUCCAUCACCCUGCUGAGGACAUUGUCUGAAGUGCCUUCUGUACGGCAGCGGGAGGGGUGGCUCUGCCCUCUGCUCCCUUCCGCCGUACACUUCAGGGUCCACGCAGGAUGUUUGUUUUUAACCCGUUUCUUAAAGGCCGUGCUCAGGUUUAGAGAGUGAACUGGGAAGAAAGCAAUUUUUUUGACUUCACAAUUUAAGAGAUUUUUAUAUUGAAGGAGUAACACUAGAGCCAUCCCUUUCCAGUCACCUUGUUAACUAAACCACCGGAAGCUGAAAGGAUGUGGAUUGCUAAUGCACAAAUUGAUAGAAGCAACUCCUGUCCAUUAGUGUGGGAGAAAGGCGUUUGGAUUAGGAUGGUUUCUAGUCCUCCCUCUUUUAAUCGCUAAUAGCCAUGUGACCCCGUAGUGGAGUCACGUCCCUGAGUCUCAGGUUCAUCUGUAAAGUGGGGUGCUGAUGCCUGCCCUGGCUACCUCACAGAGCUGUCGUGGGGGGUUCACAUGAGGGAGGACGUCUGUGUAAAGCACUGAAAAAGAAUUAAAGUGUCAGAGAGAUAUGAAGUAUUAGGAAAAUCCCAAGACUGGAAAAAUGUUUUUAGGUCAGAACACUGAAGCCAAUAUUAUUAAUCUGUUUUCAGCGUUUCAGAGCGAAAAGAGAUCCCCAAAUACCAUGCUGUACCGUUACGGGAGUUUCUGAAGUAUUAGACAUUAACUACUCAAACCUGGUAGAGGAUGGACCAGAUGGUUUUAUACUGUCAUCUGAAAACACAGUUGAUAGAAUUAUAAUUAUUGCUGGUAUAAUGUAUGGUGGUCAUGAUUUUAGGUGACAAGUUCUUAUAUUUAUCUUAUUUCUUAGAUAUUUAUUGUUCAUAUCUACUCUGAAUAACUCCAGUAGGCAUUAAUGUUUUUUCCUCUUUCCAUGCCUCACCUGGUAAGGUGCUAGCCACACUGUGACGAUGGCUGGAAGAGAAAAGACACCCCUACAGGGAACACUUGACUCUGUUUCCUGGAUAGGGUGACUGGUUAAUAUCAAGGGCUUGAUUUUUUUUGUUCAUUUAAGUAAUUCAAAUGCUGUCAGUUACAGCAGUAAGUGGCAAUAAUCGGUCUUCCGGCAUUCACAUUAUUCUGGCACGGACUCCCUUUGAGGGGUUGAUUGACAUCUUCCCACUUAACUUGCGCGUUACUUCUCAUUCACCUUUCCCUAGAUAAAAGUAUCUCACCAAGAGAGAAAAACAGGGUAUAUGUGUUUUCCACUAACUAAUGGAUUAACUGUUCUUCCCUAGCUCUUCCAAAAAUAUCACAUUGUUUCUUUAAUCAUAUCUCAAAACUGAAAAUGUACAAAGGACUAAAUAUUUAUCUAGAAGGGGUUUAUUCUGCCAUAGAUUUCAGAUGAGGCAAUUUCAGAUGGGGAAAAUACCCUCCUGAAAUACUUGCUUUUGUACCUGUAUUUUUUUUUUUCAGUCCCAAAGAUAAUUCUUGAGUCCUUAAAUUUGCCUUGGCUUAUAAGAGAAAAUAUUGCCAGGGUUUUCAGUCUUUCUGUGCAUGCUGCUAUAACAAAAGGUUUAUAAAUGUUGAGAGGAAAUAGUGCUACUUCCUGCAACUCGGCCUUCUGCAGAUAGCACCCUCCCUAGUCCCGCCAUUAAUUGAGACUGUCCUUAAGACAGCUUGUCGCUCUCCCCAGAGAUGGUUUGUUUAAUGAACGAUAGGCUCUGAAAUCCCCUGGGAUGAGUCAAAGAGCAAGUCUGGGGUGUUAGCAGAGGCUGUGGUUUCUACAGUGAUGCACUCUCCCUGGCCCGGAGUCAAGCCUUCAUUUGGAAAUACUGUUGGAUCUGAUAAAACUCAUUCCUUUCUGUAUCGAUUUGAAAUAAGAGAGAGUAAUAAUGCCACAUCCAGCACAUACAGCCAGAAAACUCUAGUUGUAGUCUCUUGAAUGCCAGAUGUAUAGCCAACUCUGAUUGUCUAGCAAUUGAUAGCAACAUUCAUAGAAACGUUAGUAUAGUCAAUGACUUUAGCCUCUUGCUGAAUCUUUAAAAACAAUCAAAAUAUGACGUGAUGAAGAUGAGUCAUACCUAAAAGUCCAACGUCAACGGGGAGAAUUAGGAAUGAUCACUAUCCUUAGAACCACACACCCCUCAAUAGCACUACCUGGAUGGGGCACCGCGGUGUCCCUCACUUGGAUAAGGACUCUGUAAUUCUGGAUUAUUGGAAUUAAGGUGCUUGUUUUAAGUUCCUUGAGAACUUCCUGGUUGGCAGUUUACAGACGAAAGCUCAGACCUCUGAGAAGCUUCGUGGUUUUGUGGGGGUAAGAGUCCACUGAAGUAUUUGCACCCAAAGGAGGGCAAACAAGGGGCUCUCCAUGCACCGUGCUCUAGGCUCUGGGACAUCGUUGGCCUGGACACCGAGACAGUAACACUUCUUAUGAUCUGGAAGUAUUGGAAGGAUUUGGUCGUUCUAAAGGACAAAGUCUCUGGGAAUAAGUCCCAGAGAAGAAUUUGGUGCUGGUGGCAGCAGUGGGAACUGCCCUGCAGGCCUGUCAUCCAGCAGUCUGCUGGCCCCGCCCCCAGCAUAAUUCUAGACAAGCGAGUUCCCUUCUCUCCCUCCACAUCCUCAGCCUCUGUGAAUAAACACACUGGAUGUGAAGCUUAGUAAAUGAUUUACUGUUUUCUAAUGAGCAUUACUGUCAUGCUCCUGUGUACUAUUCCUGGGGAAGAGAAAUGGGUCCAUUUGAAAGAUUCAAGGGAGAAAAGAGUAAAGGAUCAGGAUUGCACGAGGGGAGAAAAUCCUUCAAUAUUUAAAAUGUUUCUUAUGCUACCCAAAGAGUACUUUGUAGGCCCACCUGAAAUUAACUGACCAUUCACAAUGCCUCUUUGGUAGGAUUCCGUGAUGCUGCUGACAUCGAGCCUUAAGUGUGUUAGGGACAGUGCUGCUUGUCUUGCCUCAGCCACGUGUGUGUGUGCGCGCGUGCGUGUGUGUGUGCGCGCGUGCGUGUGCGCGUUUGUGUGUGUGUUUGAUACUGUAAAUCUUUGCUAUCCAAGUAUGUUUUCCUUUGGUGAAUGAAGUAAUUGUCUUCCACUGUACCAUCUGCCUCGCACAAAGACUGCUACAAACUUCCUCUUAUGCAAUAGUCCUUGGAACUUCGAAUAUUUUUCGCAACAGAAAAUUUUCUAUACUAGAAUCUUCCACUGCCAGAAAACACAGUGCCAGUAAGGUUCUCUGUGAUGCUGACUAUCUGAUUAAUAGACGAUAUUUCCAUUGGAUAGGACAUUAGAUUUUUAUUAUAAAACUCAACUCAUAGAAGCAAAAAUAUGACAUCUAGUAGCACAGUUUUGACCAGGAUGUUUAAAAAUUACUGUUCUGUUAGGUUUAAGGGUCUCUUUAGGGAAGUAGGUUUAUAUGACGUAACUUCAUUUGAUCCACAUUUUGGUACCCUGCAUUUUCAAAAGGAGCAUUUCCUCAGAUAAGCAAUGGAUGCUGGAGACCUGCUUGAAGCACCUGUGUGGUUUUCUCCUCAGCAGCUUGAUCACUGUGCCAUUUUGGAUUCAACAUCGCAGAGGUGAUGCAGGUGGAGAAUGAGAGCUGUGCUUAACUUGCUGCCUAAUGAAAUUCAGUGUGUUCUUGUGGGUGUUUGCUGUAAUAGAAACUUUUGGUAAAAUCAGCUAAAUUUAGUCCUGCUGCUAGUGGCCAGGUCUCCCUAGUUCAGCUGGCACUGUGUUUCGGUGUAGGCUCAGCAACAGGCCAAAGGCUGAGUGGGGAAUGAAGACACAUUUCUUAGAGGCUGCAGCUAUUUCCAAGUCGGCCUUGUGACUUAUUACUACUCCAGCCUUUCUGAUGGCACUUGUCUGUUCUAGAAAAUUCAUACUUUAAAGCAAAGCUUUAAAACCAGAUCUAGUCUAUUCUAGUUAUUGAUGCAACUAAAAUACUGUAUGUCUUCAGAGGGCAUCACUGACAAGAUUCCAUGUUACCGAACUCGCAAGCUCAACUUGGGAUUGGACUGUCUCGGUGAUUUGAUGGUGUGAGUUGUUGGGGCUUUUGAGCCUUUUCAUUUAAUUACGUUUCUGGGUCUGACGUUGGACUAAAGGAAACACAGGAAUAUUUAUUUAAUAUUAAAAUUAAUAUUUACUGUGACUGGCCCAGCAACAUUAAAAGGGGUUUCUGAAGCCAACACUGGGAGCUGUGGGUUAAACAUUUUGCACUCUUUUUAUACUUGUAUUCGUAUCUUCUUAUCACCUCAGACUCAGACACAAGGCCUUUUAAAUGGAGAUUAAAAAAAUUACUGCCAGAUGUAAAAUAAGGUACUGUGACCAAGUUAUUUAAAUGAAAAAUAAAGUGCUUUCUUUAAGGAAACUAGUUGGUGUUUCUUGGCGUGUCUCCUGGGCUCUUUUGCUUUUAGAAAAGCCUGGAUUA